GCAGAGUUCAAAGCUGGCAAAACCCCGAUUAUGCUGGCUACAGAUGUUGCAGCACGUGGAUUAGGUGUGCGCGCAGCGGUCUAUGGAGCUGAACCACCGUCUCUCGACGAUAUCAUGUGGGCUUUGACUGGUCGUCAGAGAGCCAACACUGAUGUGAUGAGCGGCGUUUUGUUGCCGGUGUCAACAGCGCCUUUCCAAUCGUAG